CAUCUUGCGAUUGUUGAUGAUUUCAUGAUGGUUUCUGUUUCCUUCUUUCAAACAACGGACAGGUACGAAUAGUACAGUACUCAUACGUACGAACUCAUUAGGCACGAGAAGGAAAUAGCAUAGCUAGUUUUUUCGACACAAACCCAUCUCUUCAGAUGUAUGGGAUGCUCCGAUAAAUGCAGCGUACACGAUGACGAAUAGUAAUAACAUCAACAAUCAGUUUGCGAGGUUUGUAUCGACGUCUCCCCUGUCGUCGAUACCUCACGAUCCUUCCGUUACGUUGGCCUCAAAUUGCGUUCGAGAUUUCUUUGGACCGACAGUUCAGCUGGUGGCAGAUGCUUUAAUGUCGAGGAGUGGAGGUUCGACCUUGGCACAAAUAAUAGCAUUGAUCGAAACCAAGGCCUACAUCAGUGGAGAACGGUCUAAUGAACGCCAGAAGAUUAUGCGGUUGGCCAAGAUGAGGUCAUCCACGAUCAACACAAUGAACAGUAACGGAGAUCCUCCCUCCCCUGCAUCUGUGAGGGCAUCACUUCUAACCCUGAUCCAGCAUUCGAUUGUAAACGUAAAGAAACGUACCAGAUCCUUCACUACUAGCAAGAAAAGCAAACAUGCUGUUACCAGACACAAGUCAACGUACUUGUACGAAAUAGACAUUGAUAGAGCACGAAUCUUUCCCCGCUAUCCUCAAUUUGUUGAGUACAUUAAGAAACAACAAGACGAGACUGCAGCCAUAUUGGUAGAAGAAAUGCUUGUACAGGGUCGAGUCAGAACAGUUCAAGCAAUUACUCUUACUGUCGAGCAAAUUCAGAAGCAGCAGGAAGAUGACAAAGGAGAGACGUCUUCGAGUAGAUCGGAUCAUCGUUACACUAGUCGCCAAGCGGUGUUGGAAAGCUUUCUCCGACUGGCACGGAACGGGUAUAUAGAAGAGGUAUCCAAGGUGAAAGAAAUGAAAGAGGACGACGACGAAGGCGAAACUGAAUUUGAAAGACCAGUAGUGACAGCAAAUUCCAACGAUGAUGGUUUUGACCACGACGAAGAUCCUACGGUUGUCUCAUUACUCCGUACAGGUCCUUACAAAAAUUUGCCCUCAAAGGCCAUUUGGAGGAUCAACACGGAUAUGUUUCACGAACAGAUGCGGGCAGUAAGACUGGGUUGGCUGGUAGCCGAAAGGUACAACCACAAAAUUCAGUCGUCUGGAUCCAUUGUCUCCGCAGCUCUUAAAUUGGCUGCUCACAAUCGAUUUGGCAAUACAAACUUGAAGUCAAGUAGCAACAACGCUAACAACUCUCAUGGAAAUUCUUCCAUAGGAGCAAUAGACUUCGAGUCUAUCCACAACUUCACAGUCGAGAAGAUUCCGCGUUUUCUGCCUAAAACGAUUGUCCAGAAUCUCGAGAAAAAGGAGGGGGGUGUAAUUGACAAUAUUUAUAAGGCCUUGGUAGAGUUGACACAGGAAUCCAACCCAGUUGUAGUAGAACAAGUUGAAGUGGCUCCGGGGCAACCUGGGCAGUGCAAGUUUCAAAUACAGACUCGAAGAUUAGUGGAAUACUUAAGAGAUCGCAUUGUGCAUCAAGUAAGUUCAAAGUUGCGGUUUAUCAGCAUUUACAUCAUUAAUAUGUAUUCACUGCUGACUCUCCGUCUCCCUCCCCUUUUUAUUGCAACGACCCUCAAGAUUGUUUGGGAUACACAUGGUGAAAUAGCUGCUCGAAUCUGUUCUAUUCUGAGAUCAAAUGGAUAUAUGGAGUCAGAUCAAGUAAGUCGCGAUAUCGUUUUUGUGAAUGCUUAAUUGCUGUGAGGGUCUAGUCCUAACUAUUUUCAAAUUUUCCUUUUUUGGAUUAAGAUUGCUGCAGCAUCGAUGAAUCCGGCCAAGGAUACCCUAGAAUUACUCUAUUGCUUGUACAGAGAUAAUUACAUUGACCUUUUCAAUAUCAAUCAGGGCAAACAGCACAAUGUUUCCAGCAUGAUUUAUUUGUGGGGUUAUUCUCGGCAUCGGUGUACUCGUACUGCAGCAGAUAAUGUCUGCAAAGCGUUAUGCAAUAUGCGAUUAAGGCGACAACACGAAGUAGAAGUUGGAAGUAAUUGGAUUGAACGGGAAAAAGAAGCCGACGCUACGGAUGAAAACGACAACGAAGCAGACAAACUAAUGAAAGCUAGAUUCUGGCAAGGCUUGGAACGAUUGGACAACGCAGCGAUUCAACUCGAUGAAACUUUGAUAAUUUUGAAAGACUAUUAGUGACUAAACUUAGCUGUAUCUA